AUGUGCUCGUCCUUCUCAGAGGACUGGAACAAGUCAAGCUCCGGCGCAGCGGAGGUGGAGAGGUUCCGAUGGCGCGGCAGCGUCUCUUUCCCCGGCAGGAAUACUGCUUUGCCUCGCUGGCCGCGGUCCCCGCUGAUCCAGAUCGGACCGGCCAAAGACAGAGUGGUGAUCGGCAGGAUCUUCCACAUAGUCCAGGACGACCUGUAUGUAGAUUUCGGCUGGAAGUUCCACUGCGUUUGCCGGCGGCCGGCAGACGGAGAGAAGCUAAAGCGGGGCAGCAGAGUCCGUUUGCGGCUGCAGGAUCUGGAGAUCACUGCCCGCUUCCUAGAAGCCAAAACCGACACCACGCUGCUGGAGGCCCGGGCCGUACUGCUGGGACGGCUGGAGGGAAGGGAAGCCCGGGAGAACUAGAACCAGGACUCAGCGGA